AAUGGAUAAAACAGAAAAAGUAGCAUAUGAAGCAUCCCUUAUCUAAUAUAUAGAAAAGAAUUAAUUACCAGAUUUGAUUGAAUAAUAUACAAAAUAACUAAUUCUAAAUUAGCCAGAAGAUCCAAUCUAAUUCUUAAUAAAUUAUAUUCAAAACAAGAAAAAUCAGCGUUUAAUAUUUAUAACAGGUUCUCUUUAAAAUAAAAGAUAUGUAAUAGUUGAAUAAGUAUGUAAUUCAUUAUAUUACGAAUAAAUAAAACUUAAAGAUGACCACUUAUUAAAAUAAACUAAAUCAGAAAUAGUAAAUCAAUAAGUAAAACAAUAAUUAUAAAAAGUAGGUUCGCAUUUCAGAGGGGUAAUAGUAAAUGGAUAUCCUUUCAAUUUCGAAACCUCGAUUUUUGCUUAAUGGAAUGGACUUAUUCCUGAUAGAGUUAUUAUUUUGGAAAAUUCCGAAGAAGACUCAAGAAAUUAUUACAGUCAGAAAUUUUAAUAAGAUGAGAAAAGUAUUGUUUAAUCAAUGAAAAGAGAUGAAAUUUUCCUUUAAGAAAUCAAAAGAAUGUAUAAUAGUUUUUAUGAUACUUUUAAUAUUUCGAAUAUCCCUAAAUCAAAUAUAGUUGAAAAUAUUAAAUCUAUUCUUAAACUUAAAGACAAAAGAGUUUAACCCUUAAGGUCUCCUAGAAUCUUUAUUGUAAGACCUCCCCAUUUGAAAGUUAGAGCAAGAUAAAUAUAAAGUUUAUUAGUAUAAAAAUAUGGAUUUAAUCAAAUUUAAGUUUAUGAUUUGUUAAAUAAGCAUAUUGAAUUGAAAACACAUGUCGGAAAGUUUAUUUAUGGGGCUCUUUCUAACCAUAGAUAAGUACCUGAUGAUAUAAUUUUGGGUUUGGUUAGAACGGAAAUAUUAAAUACUAGUUCUAAGUAAAAAGGUUAUAUUUUAGAAGGUUUUCCUAAAAGUAAGAAUUAAGUUAAUUGUUUUAGUAGUUAUGAAAUUAAUCCUCAUUUUAUUAUUAUUUUAGAUUAUGAUGAUAAUGAAUUAUUAAAUUAGUUUAAGUAGUUGAAAUUUGAUGAUAAAAAUAAUAGAUUUUAUGAGAAUAAUGACACUUUUUUGGAAAAAAUUCCUUAUAUGUUGAAACAAAAUGAUUUUGAUGAAGAUAAAUGGAAAGAAUAGAUUUAAUCAUAUAGAGAUAUUAUUUCUUCGGUUGAAGAUAAAUUUGAUACAAAAGCUCAAAAAUAUAAUUUAAGUGUAGAAAGUAAUGAGAAAAUUAUUCAAUCAGUUGAUAGUUUUUUAAAUAAUUCUGAUAUUUAUUCAUGAAAUCUUCUUUUUUUUUUAAUUUAUAUGAUUUUUUUUUUAUAAUCUGUAUUUUUUUUUAUUAUUAUUAAAAGAUUAAAGUUUUUUUU